UCCCUCAGCCCCACGCCUGCCACCCCAGUCCCAGGUGCGAAACAGGGGCACUACCUCUUUAAAAGCGCCCGGGGCCAGCCUCUGCCGCACCAUGUGAUUGCUUGAAAGGCCGGGCUGGGAGCGCUGCGGCGGGAGCCGGAGGACGAUGAGCUGCCGCGCGGUGCCCAGAGCCCAGCCCUGCCUGGCGCGGCCCCGGAACUCUAGGCGGCACGGCGUGCCGGGAACUUUGGGCACCACCUCUGGGACCCCCUGCUGGCCAGCAGGCAGGAUGGUGCCUGCCUCGUGCCCCGUGGUGCCUGUCUGCUGAUGUGCCCAGCCUGUGCCGGCCAUGCCGCACUCCAUCUCGGCCUUCCAGGCCGCCUACAUCGGAAUCGAGGUGCUCAUCGCUCUUGUCUCCGUGCCCGGGAAUGUGCUGGUGAUCUGGGCAGUGAAGGUGAACCAGGCGUUGCGGGAUGCCACCUUCUGCUUCAUCGUGUCUCUGGCGGUGGCUGAUGUGGCAGUGGGUGCCUUGGUUAUCCCACUGGCCAUCCUCAUCAACAUUGGGCCACAGACUUACUUCCACACCUGCCUCAUGGUGGCCUGUCCUGUCCUCAUCCUCACCCAGAGUUCCAUUCUGGCUCUGCUGGCAAUUGCUGUGGACCGUUACCUCCGUGUCAAGAUCCCUCUCCGGUACAAGACGGUGGUGACCCCACGGAGGGCAGCAGUGGCCAUUGCUGGCUGCUGGCUUCUCUCCCUGGUGGUUGGCCUGACACCCUUGUUCGGCUGGAACAACCUGCAGGAGGUGGAGCGGGCCUGGGUGGCCAACGGCAGUGUGGGGGAGCCCGUGAUCAAGUGCGAGUUUGAGAAGGUCAUUAGCAUGGAGUACAUGGUCUACUUCAACUUCUUCGUCUGGGUGCUGCCUCCGCUGCUCCUCAUGGUCCUCAUCUACCUGGAGGUCUUCUACCUGAUCCGCAAGCAACUCAGCAAGAAAGUGUCAGCCUCCUCCGGCGACCCGCAGAAGUACUAUGGGAAGGAGCUGAAGAUCGCCAAGUCGCUGGCCCUCAUCCUCUUUCUCUUUGCCCUCAGCUGGCUGCCCCUGCACAUCCUGAACUGCAUCACCCUCUUCUGCCCCAGCUGCCACAAGCCCAGCAUCCUCAUCUACGUCGCCAUCUUCCUUACUCACGGCAACUCAGCCAUGAACCCCAUCGUCUAUGCCUUCCGCAUCCAGAAGUUCCGGGUCACCUUCCUGAAGAUCUGGAACGACCAUUUCCGCUGCCAGUCGGAGCCCCCCACUGAUGAGGACCUCCCUGAAGACAAGGCUGAUGACUAGCUCUGCCUUCUGCUCCCACCAACCCAUACCCAAUGGGGUCCCACCAGCCCUCACCUCCCCGCUGUCCCACUGGUCUUCCUGAGCCCUUCCCCAGCUGGGCUGUGGGCUGUGGCAGUGGGGAGGGUCUGAAGAGAUGCCCACGGAGCAGGGGGCCCCUCCACAGGGAGUUAGCCGCCCUGCACCGAGGGGUCCUGGCGGAGAUUUGGGAGGGCAGCCCAAGGGAAGGAUCUUGUGCCCUGAGGCCAGAGAAAAGUGUCUUGAGCGCCCCCUGCCUGAUAGCCCAUGAGGCGUCUAGCUGAGCAGGUCCUAGGGGCCAACUGUGGAGGAGCCAUUGGGGGCUAGGAGAGGAAGCGCUGGCUCCUUCAGUGAAGCAGAGGAGUCUACUGGUGUAGAGGGUUGGUGGCAUGUCCUGGGACCAAGCUUGAGGAUAGGAGAGAAUCCCCUCUGAGAUGGAGAUAAGCAGAGAAGGGGCGGGGGGGGGGGGGUGUCCUGGCCUGCUUUCUGUCCUGUACUGUAGGAGAAGGUGGCCAGGAGCAGGAAUCCAGGAGCCUUAAUCUCUGCCUCCUAGGACUCUGUGCCUGACAUGCUGGGCACCGGGCGCCUGUUCUCUUUGUCCUGGGAAACCCAGGAUUAUACUUGGAAGAGGCAGAAAGAGGGGUCCAGAAGUCAUUUCCCAGUUUGUGUAUUCCCCACUGGCCGUCCUUUUGGCCCCUCAAUGGGGCCUCUGAGCCCCGAGGGUGGUGUGGUAGGUGCCAGCCAUGGGCAGCCACCAGGUGGCAGCAUCAAGCCCUCUAGGGUCUUGCCCCAAGCUUCCAAGGAGCCUGGAUAUUGUAACUUCCCAUCAUGGGUGGCCAAGCUCCAACAGUCCUUAAUGAAGAUCUGGACCCUCCUAGGUGACACCAUCUCUGCUGCUUCUGGGCCCAAUAAAGAGAAGAACCCCAGAGACACCACUCUUAGGAGCGUUAUGCCUGCCUAGGGAGGAUGUGAGAAGCAUCUGGGGGGACCCAGGGCUGACUGUGGGCACUCCUGGGGUGGGGUGUGGCAGGCUGGAACAGGCCAGAGAGGGCCACUGUCCUGAGAGGCCUCCAGGGAGGGCCUUGCUGGCAUUGAAAUAUCCCUGGUGACUAAUAAAAAACUGUGAACCCUCA